AUGGGACAAAACCGAAAACAACUAUGUUCGAACGAAUCUAAUGAGAAGGAGUCAACUAAACGUACACGCGUAACGAAAGCUGAUAAAGAAGCCGAAGAAGCCGAAUUCGCCAAACAAGUCGAAGCAGGCAAACGCUUUUUCGCUGGUCGUCCCAUCCACCCUCUCAAUGACAAUGAUGAUAAUGAUGUCAAUUUAAACAAAACCAAUUUAAUUCAUGAUAAUUUCGAUAAUGAUUUAAAUUUAGAUGAACAUGAUCACGAGUUACAGUAUGGUGAUUUUAUGCCAUUCGGUGGUUUACGGCGUCCAGAUCACAUUGUCCGCAUAGAGGAAUUCAUUUCUCAACAUCGUGGAUAUCGAUACGCACGAGCUCGUGAAGAUCUUCGACAGAACUGGGAAGCUAUCAAAAAUAAAAUGACUGCGGCCUAUCUCCAGUCUCAAACCAUAACUUUGAACUGGACCACCAAGGCAUGCUACCUCAACGAUCAACCACGAACAGCCUUCUCGAUUCCUUUGGUACAAGCUUAUCACUCCGUCUGGGAAACGUCAGUGCCUCCGAGUUCAAGCUUCAUCAACGGAAAUCGACGAGACUUGACUCAGCCAUUCUCGAACGCAACCCAUCUCUACAGCCGCAUUAUUGUCUUAUCAAACAGCAUUCUUCAAUACGGUCUGGAACUUACCACCAUUGAUCAAUGGGCUGCUCGAUGUAGCCGCUGCUUUGGUCCUUCAAAAGACGAAGUCAAGGUAUCGGAUGAAGAACCUGAUGUUAUUGUAUGCAUGGACGGGAAUUUUCAGCACCAACAUAAUAUAUUGGCAAGCAAGGAUAAUUCGGAGGAAGCACAAUACCCUGCCAUAUUCAUGCGACCUUCAGAAAUUGCGAAACAAGAAACCACCACCGCACUACCACGACCAGCAGCUCCAGCCACAGAUGAAGAUGAUCCAUGUGGUGAAGCGCACAAGACUGCGAAUGAUACUCGGGGUAAAUCAACUUGGGAUCAAUGCGACGAUACAGGACUUUUUGCCAUGUCCUGCAGGCAUGAUGUACCAUUAUUACUGGCUAAUAUAUAUCAAAGUGGUGAAAAGGUGGCCGUUCUAUACGAUAUUGGGUGCGUGCUUGACAAGCACAUCACAAAGCAAAACAAAUUACCAGAAUAUCAACGUCGACUAAUGUUAGGAACAUCGGUGUUCCACGUGUAUGUCCACACGUGGGGGUGUCAAUUAUCUUACAACCCACGGUUCCUGGAGUUUUGGGGACUAUCAGAUGGUGAAGGACUCGAGCGCUUGUGGUCGGACCUAACACCUCUUAUUGCUCGAUUACGGACUUCAACUCAGCUACACCGACUCCAACAGAUUGCCGCAAGAUGUACACGUGGUGCAAAGUUGCUAAUCGAUACCAACCCGGACACCUUUAUACACCCGAGUUUUUCCGAGACCAGUGGGCAUCUGAAAGAAGUUACAACCUCAGAAUGUCGAAAGAGGUCAAGAUUCGACAAAAGGUCCAGCUGGGAAGGCUGCUGUGCCUGCAAGAUCUCAUGUAUAAGACUUGUUGCUUUUCAACUCAGGGAUGAACACACCGGCCUAGAACUCCAAGCUUUUGAUCGCCUAGCUAGAUUCCAGGAUCUAGCAACUCAGAUCACUGAGCUGCGUAGCAAAGUUGGUCUUUCAGAUACUUUGACAAGCCUCUCUGCUGCUGGCCAGGAUUGUUUCUUGAAAGUCUGGUAUGCCAAAACUGAGGUUUGGAGUCGAUUUCUAUCUUUGCGGGCGGAACAGAGACCGUUAGAUCCUGAAAACAGAGUAGGUGGAAGUUCACGUCUUGGUACACAUGAGAAAGAACGUAUCAUGCUCGCUAUUCAAAAACAAACACGCACGAUGAAAAGCACCCUCGGCAAUUAUAACAUGCUGGCUCCGUUGGCGAGGGUACAACGCGGUCAGGAGGAGGUGCGACGACUUGGGUGGGAAAUACGAAGAGCCAUGCGAUGGCUGACACACGAGCACCAGCGUCUGUGGAAUAUUCUCACAUAUCUGAGAGAUUCGGAUGACAAUGAUGCGGCACUUGAAUCAUUAUCAAACGGCAGCAGAAUCGAUGUUGUCAAAGGUAUGGUUCAUACUGCCUUUGUGAAAAUCAGCAUGUUGACCAUCCAUUGGGAUCAGAAUGCUAUGGAGGUAAUCAUGAGAACUCCAUCUCAGUUGGGUGAUCUCGAACUUAUGACAUUAUGGAAAUCUCAAUGCAAUCGUAUUGAUAAUCUACGUGCAUCAGAUUGUGCGUCAACGACAGAUGGGGACUUUGUAAACCUCUUUGGACCGUUAAGGGUUGAUGACCGGUUAGAGCAGCCUCUGGCAAAUAUCAAUCCCCCACUUCUGGAUGAUUUAUCUGAUAUUGAAGAGGCAGAUUGGGAAAAUUUGCUUGAUGAAGGAAUGCUCUUAAACAUGAUGAAGAAUGUUGCGUUGGAAAAUUAG